UAUAAAUUUAAAUUAAGAAAAACUAACAUUGGAAAAAUAAGAAGUUAAUGUAAAAAAAAACCGACAAAUAAUAUUAUAAAUAUAAAUUUAUAAGACACAAUCCGCGCGGAAAAAAUCUCUAGUGUUUAUAAUGACAGUAUAAUUCUCUACUCAUAAGUCAAAAGGCUGGACUCAUGUACCCUUCUUAUGCGCUUUUAAAUUGCAUUUUGAUAUGAUUUGUUGUUUUGACUACAGUUCUCAAUAACUCUAAAAUUUUGUAUUCGGUUUUUUGUUAUAAAAAUCUUUCCACCUUUCUAGGUUGUGAAACCAAAUUGCUCCAUUUGGAGGACUAAUAAAUUUUAAACAAUGGUUAAAUUAAACAUAUACAAUAAUAAUAUCUUUACGCAUACUGAUGAGUAUAUAGAUUGAGUAAAGACAGAACAUGCGAGAUAAACGUUGGCAUUUCAACUUAUGCACAACAACGACGACCAUUAAGUUCUCCAUCUUUGCAUAUGAGAAUCUAGGAAAGCGUCAAAAACAUGCCUAACAACCAAUGAAACAAAUCAUAGUACAUUGACUUUGUGUUAAUUUUAUCUGCUAAAACCAUAAAUUAAAAACUACUUCUUUCGUUGGAUAAAAAUAUUUACCAACCACAUAAGAAUAAUCAUUGUAAAUGAAUAUAUAAUACUGUUUGCUAUAAGAACGAAUAUACACAUGUAGUAUUAUCAAGAGAUCAAUAUUUAGACAAGCUUAAAACCCAAACACCCCGCGCUUACGCGGGGACUCAUCCCUAGUAAUAUUAACACCUACUACCCUAAACAUUCAUGAGGCAAAGUUUACAAGGAAUUUAUAUGUUAUCGCUAAAUCUAUAUAUAAUAGCGAUUUAUUGUAUGGAUUAAUAUCUUUUUCAAAAAAAAGUAAAAAUUUAUGGAUUAAUCUAACUUUCUUUUUUUGAAUUAUACAGAGAUAUCCAGGCCUCACAGGAAUGAUCCAGACUAGUUACGUGUUGUCACGUGUCAAUCCUCUAUCUCUGGCGAUACUGAAAUGUUAAUUCCUCAGUAACCAGAAUUCGAACACAAAUGAUAGUACUCACAUCUGUAAAUCAUUUACUACUAGAGGUAGAAGCCCGGUUUAAUUAAUCUAACUUUCGUCCUAAGGUCCUUGAAAAAGAGGCAAAAACAAAAAGCGGGAGACAAAAAGGUACGUGAAGAAAUAAAAAUAUGAAGUGAUAACUGAUAAGGGCUUAACGUAAUAAUACUACAACAAAAUCUCUCUACGUACAAACGAGCAACAGCCCAUGUAAUAGAAAGUAGAUAAGACGUCGUUUUAAGGUUAGGUCGAUGAAGAAAUAUCUCAGGCCCCACCCGGCCACCCCUGGGACCCGACCAGACCUUGAUCUCGUCCCUUGUAUAUUUAUCUUUGCUAAAAAAAAAUCAAUAUUUUUUUUUGUUUUUUUGAACUUUAUUUAUCUUCUUUUGGGUUCGCUUUUAAACCCCUCCAUUUCCUCUUCUUCUUUCUUCUAUAGCUAAAAACCCUCAGAAACACAACCCACGAAAGAAACAAAGUGUGCUACAUAUACAUAUAAAAUAUUAAUUUAAGAUAAUUAUUGUGAUUAAGUUGUUAGUUACAACUAAGUUAAUUUGAAGAUCGAGCCACUAAUCAUGGGUCAUCACUCAUGUUGCAACCAGCAAAAGGUGAAGAGAGGGCUUUGGUCACCAGAAGAAGAUGAGAAGCUCAUUCGAUAUAUCACAACUCAUGGCUAUGGAUGUUGGAGCGAAGUCCCUGAAAAAGCAGGGCUUCAAAGAUGCGGAAAAAGUUGUCGAUUACGAUGGAUAAAUUAUCUCCGGCCUGAUAUCAGAAGAGGACGGUUCACUCCUGAAGAAGAGAAAUUAAUUAUAAGUCUUCAUGGAGUUGUAGGAAACAGGUGGGCUCAUAUCCCAAGUCAUUUACCUGGAAGAACAGAUAACGAGAUAAAAAAUUAUUGGAAUUCAUGGAUCAAGAAAAAGAUACGAAAACCGCACCACCACUAUAAUCGUCAUCAACCAUCUAAAACUACUGUGACAUUGAACGUGGAAGCUACAUCAACUGUUACGGCUCUCCCCUCAACUACCACCACUUCGACCAUCGAUAACUUGCAUUUUGAUGGUUUUAUGGAUUCUCCUAACCAACUAAAUUUCCCGUAUGAUCAAGAAACUAAUGCCAAGAUUCAAGAAGCCCUUUUCUCCCAUAAACCUCAUCUUUUCAUGCUAGACACAACACUUCCUGUCCUUGAAGGAAUGUUCUCUCAAAACAUCAUCACAAACAAUAACAACAAUAACAAUGAUUAUGACACACAAACAGGAGGAAGAGGAAGUGUCUUCGAACAAUCAUUUUUAACACAUAACACGGAACAGGGAGAUAUGAACCUUCCUCAACAAGAACGGUUUCAACUUCCUACGAUGGUGUCAAAUUUGUUCAGCAAUUCUACCAAUUCAAAUACCGAGACAGUUACAAGUUACAAACUACCGGCGUUGGUCGGGGGAAAUCUUAAUAACAUCUCCCAAGUUGACAAUAAUAAUGCUCAAGAUGGAGAUAUAGCGUCCACAUUCGAAUGUUUAAGGAAGCAAGAACUAAACUAUGAUGAAUGGAUAAAUUCACAACAGUGCUCUAAUUUUUUCUUCUGGGACAACCUUAACAUUAACGUGGAAGGUUCAUCUCUUGUCGGAAAUCAAGAUCCAUCAAUGACCUUGGGAUCCUCUGCCUUAUCUUCUUCUUUUCCUUCUUCGUUUUAAAUUAAUGAAUCAAUCACAUGAGAGGAACUCAUGCUAAUUUGUCUAUAUAUAAGUUUGUUUCUUUUGUUUUUUUAUUAGAGGUUGUUUUCGGACGAUAUUUACUUUCAAGCUGAUGUUGUAAUGAGUGUUCUAAAUUGUUGAUGAGGAGAUGGUGUGAAUAUAUGUUUGUGUUGUUUUCUAGCUCAUGGCUUUACUUUUAUCCCUAAA